GGGUUUCCUCGUUUAGAAGGCGGAUCAUACGGGCCUAUCAGUCCGCUGUGACAGAUUUUUCUGAAAAAUCCAUUUCUCAGAAAGCGGUUUCUGUCAUCUUAUUCGCUUUUGCUGCUGUUUGUUGCUUCCGUUGCUCACCUUUUUUCUUCUUCUUUCAAAUCUUCAUUUUAUUAUCUUAUGACCUUAUUAUUCUUUCUGUUCGGAUUUACAUUGUUCUUGACUUCAAAAGGUUCGUGGACUUUUGCACCAACUUUUACUUAUUAGGUCAUUAUUCUUCCAAAAUUUCGCGCUUCGCGUUCUCAUCGAUUUCGCUGCACUUCCAAAAGAGUUGGUUGUGCAGUUCUUGUUUUCAGAAACCAUCUUUAAGGUUCUGUCGGCGUUUGAGUUCUGUAAUGGCCAGUGAUUUUUCUGUCAUCUCCAAUGGAGACAGCAAUGGCAAUGUCAAUCCACAACCUAAUCAAAGGACUUACCAAGUGGUAGUGGCUGCCACCCAAGAUUGGGGCAUUGGCAAGGAUGGGAAGUUACCCUGGAGGUUGCCUACUGAUCUCAAAUUUUUUAAGGAGAUCACUGAGAAAACAUCUGAUCCUGGAAAGAAGAAUGCCAUUGUAAUGGGAAGGAAAACAUGGGAGAGUAUCCCUCUUCAGUACAGGCCUCUUUCUGGUCGCCUUAACGUUGUUCUUACUCGCUCAGGCAGCUUUGAUAUUGCAACGGCAGAGAAUGUUGUUAUAUGUGGAAGUAUUAAUUCUGCACUGGAACUGUUAGCUUCUUCUCCUUACUCUCUGUCAAUUGAGAAAGUAUUUGUUAUUGGAGGUGGUCAAAUAUUUAGAGAGGCUCUCAAUGCACCUGGAUGUGAAGCUAUCCACUUAACAGAAAUUCAGUCAAACAUUGAGUGCGACACUUUUAUGCCUUCAGUUGACUUCACUAUAUUUCGGCCAUGGUACUCAUCCUUUCCUAAGAUGGAAAAUAACAUACGCCAUUCUUUCAUCAGUUACGUGCGUGUAAGGAGUUCUCCUGUUGUGUCCCUGAAUCAGGAUAUUGAUCCAUUUAUUGAUAAUAAUUCUGAUUCCAUAAAAUUUGAGGUCAAGGAUUUUUCUUUUCUUCCUAAAAUGAUUUUUGAGAGACAUGAGGAGAAUAUGUAUCUUAAGCUGGUUCAAGACAUCAUUUCUGAAGGUACAAUAAAGGGUGAUAGGACAGGGACUGGUACCUUGUCAAAAUUUGGUAGCCAGAUGAGAUUCAAUUUGCGCAGAAGCUUUCCUCUGCUAACAACUAAGAAAGUAUUUUGGCGAGGGGUUGUUGAAGAGCUUCUUUGGUUUAUCAGUGGCUCAACAAAUGCCAAGGUGCUACAGGAAAAAAACAUUCAUAUAUGGGAUGGCAAUGCAUCCAGAGAAUACCUUGAUGGUGUUGGUUUGACAGAGAGGGAGGAGGGUGACUUGGGACCUGUUUAUGGGUUUCAAUGGAGGCACUUUGGUGCCAGAUACACUGACAUGCAUGCUGACUACUCCGGCCAAGGGUUUGAUCAGCUUUUGGAUGUUAUUAACAAGAUAAAGCAUAAUCCUGAUGAUCGGCGAAUCAUUCUCUCUGCAUGGAAUCCAGCUGAUCUUAAAUUAAUGGCACUUCCACCUUGCCACAUGUUUGCACAGUUUUAUGUAGCACAUGGGGAGUUAUCAUGUCAAAUGUAUCAGCGAUCUGCUGACAUGGGCCUGGGCGUUCCAUUUAAUAUUGCAUCUUAUGCCCUACUGACAUGCAUGAUUGCUCAUGUUUGUGAUCUAAUUCCAGGUGAGUUUAUCCAUGUUAUUGGGGAUACACAUGUUUAUCGCAAUCAUGUGAGGCCUUUGCAGGAGCAGCUCCAUAACCUUCCAAAACCCUUUCCAACUUUGAAGAUAAAUCCAAAGAAGAAAGAUAUAGAUUCUUUUGUGGCUGCUGAUUUCAAGCUCAUAGGCUAUGAUCCUCACCAGAAGAUUGAUAUGAAGCUGGCUGUCUAAAAGUGUGGGGUUUCUCACUUUCAGGCUGUUUCUGCUUUUUUAAUUGAGUAGUAGAACCAUGGUAGCAUGAUGCUGAGGUGGUCUGCAAGAUAGCUCUUAAUUUAUUGUCAACACCUUGUUGGCAAGCUAAAUGACAGGCAUAACGAUAGGAAGAUUAUGUUAAAAAUUGUGUACUACUAAAGACGAUCUCGUAGACACGUACUUAGCUCAUAUAUUUGUGGGAAUCCGUUGGGUCCAUGUGUUACGACUGUAAGGUGAUUUAGAUUAAUUUCAAUUUCCAUCCUUUCCAAUGUACACGCUCCAUUAUAAUUUUGAGGGAUCGAUUACUCGAUGUUUUAGA